ACCAUGUGCCUGGAUAGCAUACCUACCUCAUAAAGACUAAGUCCUAAAUAUGGGACUGUUUAGUUAUAUUUUUCUAACCUAGAGCAUUGUCCUAGACCGUUGAUAUUCUAUGUAUUUUCAAUUUCUAACUAAGAAUUAUAUUUACACUUGCCGCCUUGUUCAAUUUGCUCGAUAUGGAUAUGAUCGGAUAUGCCGCAAUUGCGAAUCUCAUGUCAAAUUCAUCUGACCUUACCUUACUUCGUAGUUUCUCAUCUCUUAACUAUCAGAAUAUUCUGUACCUCCAGGCCGAAUUGACGCAUCUAGAACAGUUAUGGCGAGAAAAGGAGGCGGAAAUCCAAAAUAGCACAAAGGAAGAUAUGAGAGAGAGGUCCCCUCAUGACUGGGCAGAACUUCAGAAAGACGCAGAGGUUUGGGCCCAAUUUUUACAGCUGAGAAAUAAAUUGAAGGAAUAUAACGAGGCCUUGAUCCAACAGCACACAGUUGCACAUUUCGAGAAGCCGUCCAAGCGGAGUUUGAAAGUCUUGAACCACAUCUUAGACGAUAAUUCAAAACGUGUCUUUCUAAUUGGAAAGGAAUGCACAACAUGGUCUGACGCAGAAAUCUCAAGUGACCUUGUCACUGUCGGUCCUGUGGAGAAGCUUGACAAGAUUUCACUAUUUUUAGUGGAAUUGUACCUCAGCUUGAAAUAUAAGGCGCUUGGAACUUUUUUCCAAGAGAGUGAUGAUAUCGUUCGCUUUGAGGGUAGCCAGCUGCUUCUCCCAACCAAGGUUCUAAGCGUUGUGCUAUCUUCACUGUUACCUAUUGCAGCUAUAUCGGUUCUAUAUCUCGUACAGUCGAUGUGGAGAAGACUACUCAUUUUGGCUGCUUUCACAUCCGCAUUCUCAUUGGUAUUGUCGUUAAUCAAUGCAGAUUCUAAACGGUCUGAAUUAUUUUCUGCUACGGCUGCAUAUGUUUACAUGCCGUUUAAAUUAGAUAAAUGCUGAUAUAAGUUAAAGCACCCUUACGGGGGCUACCUUAAUGGGGGCCACCUUAAAUUUUUAAACUUUUAAAAUAAAUACCUUAAUUUUAAUUUAACGUUAUUUAAUUAAAUUAAAUUUAAUUAAUUUAUAAUUUAUUAUAUUUUAACGAC